AUGGACUUGGCUAGGAAGGGAAAAGUUGCUCCUCCAGAUUGGAGAGAGUGGGCGAAACCUGUUGAAGCUCAAAUCGUCGGAUCCACCACAUACGACGGCGGCAUCUCCUACAAUAUGAUGAAGAAUGAUUCCGGCCGCAAGAACCAUGCUGAGGCCUUUCGUCGCAUCGCUGUGGACGUUCUGUCUUCGGGACAUGGCGCGGAGUUGAUGGACAUCUACGGCAUCGAAGGCGUUGCUGAUGAUGCGGACGCGCUCCAGCGUAUCUGUCUUUUCGAAAGCGACAUAGGUUUCUUUGCUGCCGCACUUAGCAUUGCGGAGAGCGAUCUGAUCAAAGAGACCUAUUUCCAUGUCUUUGACCUCCCAGACCCUUUCCCGGGACCGAUCCGUGAGCGCGGUGCUUUUGCAACCCAUACUUUUGACAUCGCAACACUACUUGGUGGUGUGCAUGAAGAUCGUUUGCCCUCGCAUUAUCGACCUGUGAUUGCCCAAUGGCGCAACUCGAUCCUGGAUUUUGUGGUUAGAGGAACGCCACCUUGUGCGAGAUUUGUUGGAAGUGAUGGGGAGAGGCGAGGCUUGAUGGUCAGCGAAGAUGGAGUCAGAGAGGUCGGCAGCGAAGCUUGGAUGGAAAAUGAUGAGAAGAGAAGGAAGAGGUUGUUCGAAUUGGCUCAGAGAAUUGACGCUGAUACUGGGCUGGAUGUUCUCUGGGUGGAAAUCUGUAGGCGCUUCUUGAUGCGUGGGGAGUGA